AUGUGUAAAGUGUUGGGUGACGAUUCUAUUUCUAUUCACAAAUCUAGUGUUCAUGAGAUCGGUAGUUUUAGUAUUCAAGAAGAGGGUUAUAAUUCUAGCAUUCAUGAAGUUUACAACUCAAGUGUGCUUGAAGAGAUAAUUACUAAUGACGAGUUACUACUAAGAGAGUUUGAAAAAGCCCAAGAAAUAUUAAAAACUUUGGAUCAAAAAGAUAAGGAUUAUGUAACAAGUCUUAUUAAUAAGAUUACAAAAUUACAGCAACAAGUAGGAGAUCAGAAACAAGAAAUUUUAUCUCUGAAGAAGCAACUAUGUGAAUGUCAAGAAGAAAUCAUUCAAUUAAAAGAUUUAUAUCAGGGUCUAUAUGAAGAAAAUGAAAAACUUAACAACCAAUGGAAUUCCCGAUUUUGUGACCAACAUAAGCAUGUACAAGCAAUCACCGAUAUCACAAUAACUGAACGAGAAUCUCUAUACAAGGAUAUAGAAUCUAUUAUGGGAGACA